AUGUCAUCUCAAGAACAACAAAAAUCAAAGCAAAAUCAAGCUCAAGAAGGUGUUGACGGAGUUUGGUUAGAUAAAUAUUCUACACUUUCAAGAGUUUAUAAUUAUGGUUUUGUUAAUGGAUCAAUUGAAAAGGGUAAAGAAUGGUAUAACUAUAUUAAAGACUCAAAUUCAUAUGUAAAGAGUACACUUGAAUUUGGUGAAAAUGGUGUUGUUGCAGUUGGUAGACCACUUCUUGAUAAAUUAGAACAAUAUGAUGUUAUAGUUAAAAAGGUUGAUGAAUAUGGUAAUACUGGUUUAGAUAUUCUCGAAAAGAAAGUUGAAUCAAUUAAAGAAACUGGUGAAAAUUUAGCAAAUAAAGCAGAUUCAGCAGCUGAUGGUUUAAUUAGUGUAUCUGCAAAUUAUACACCAAAUGCAGUAAUUGGUUUAGUACAAAAAACAAAUAAUAUGAUUGAUUCAUUAAUUGAUUCAUUAUUACCACCAAAAGAUGAUGAUCAAGUUAAUGAAAUGAGUGAUGAAGAGAAGUUUCAACUUGAAAAGAGAAUGAAAUUUUUAUUAAAGUUAAGAAAGAGAUUAAAUACUCAAUCCAUUUUAGAGAUUCCUUCAAAUUCAAUUCAUUUAGUCACUGGAUAUAGUGGUAAAUCAUACUCUCAAGCAAUGGAUAAUAUUUCUCAACUCUCAAAUUCAAUCUCAAAAAUCACUGUAAAUAGUCAAUUCUCUAAAGUCUUUAUUGAUCAAAUUUAUCACUAUACUGAUAUUUUAGUUGGUCAAGUUGCAGCAGUUUCUGUUUGGUUCAGAGAAAUUAAUAUUUCAGAAACUCUCAUCUCACUUGGUGAACUCUCUAAAAUGAUAAAUGAAUCAAAGAAUCAAGUUUUAGAACUUUCUGAUCCUCAAGAAAAAGUUGAUAAACUCAAGAAAGACCUUUCAAAGAUUUUAAAGAGUUGUUUAGAUGUUUUACAUAACCAAAUGGAAGGUGGUAAAGAUAAACUAGAGUCAUUCAAAGAAUCAGUUUCAGAUCAUCAAUAUUUUGUUGCAUCCUUUUCAUUGUUAGAAAGUUCAUUAAAUAAACUCUCUGUUACACUCAAGAAUUAUUUAGACAACUUGGAAGAGAAAUCAUCUUCAUCUUCAAAUGAUAACUCAACCAAUUAG